AACGGUGCGCCAUUCUCGCCGCCGCCGCCGCCUCCGCCAUGUCGCCGCUCGCCCGCUCGCUGCUCACGCUUGCCGCGUUCUUUGCCGCCUCAAAUGCUAAAGUCACGAAAGUCGAUCUAGGAGUGGGUGGACGUUGCGUAAAAUUCAUUAUAGAUAUUCCUCCCAGGCCGGUCCCGUACAAGACUCCCCAAGCACGCCCUAAGUUUACGAUGAUGUCUUACGACACUAGCACGCCACUGAAAACAAUCCCAAAUUACUGCGCAGACUUCAACGAAGAGAUUGCGAGGGAAACAGUAGAAGUGUGCAAUGAUUACGUCCACCCUUCGCUCCCGCUGAUCCCACCUCUAGCGUUCGCGGUUGGUGACGAGGUGGUGUCGCCCGUGUACGCAGGCUGUUAUAAAAACACUGAGUGUGGACCGCUCUACUUUAAAAUCGACCAGGAGUGCAGAAAACCGGCCAUCUAAAGAGAUUAGUAACCAGGUUGGUGUAUUCCCAUCUGUGCCCGCCUCACGUGACCACCGCCGUACAAGAUGCAGGUACAGAUGGGAAUGAUUUAUAUGUAGCGCCUAUUUCCAUCUGUACCCGGUGGGGACAGAUGCGAAUACACCAUCAGGUUUUGAGAAAUGAGUCAUGAAUGGUUUCUCUGUUUUCUUUUAAAAUAAUCGUGUAUUAUUGUGUAUCUUUUUCCUUGAAUAUAUCAUUAUAUUUAUC